UUUUAUUUAACUUUUUCCGAUAACCUAAAGCAAAAAAAAGGAAGCACCUUUAUCAUUCUGUUCUGUAAAUGUAAUCGCCAGAAGAAAUUAUUUUUUGAUUUCGGAUUCCUCCUCUUCAUUCUUCUCCUUUAACAACAAAAACUCUUUUUCAUUUUCCCGCACUUUCUCAUCCAAAAGGAAAGGAAGUAGCUUUCUCCCUCCCCCGGAGAAUGAGGUGGGAAAGGGUCCGACAACAACAAUUGGGUCUCGGUGAGUCUUCUUCUUCUUCCGGGCCCGGGAAGAGGUGGGGACAUACUUGUAACGCCGUUAAAGGAGGUACCUUUCUCUACGUUUUCGGUGGCUACGGCUCGGAUAAUCGCCAAACCAAUCAAGUCCAUGUCUUCGACGCUGCAAAGCAGAUAUGGACUCAGCCGAUGGUCAGUGGCACGCCUCCUCCUCCUAGGGACAGUCACAGCUGUACAACAGUCGGCGACAACCUUAUUGUGUUUGGUGGUACUGAUGGAAUCAAAUCUCUCAAUGAUUUGUACAUUCUUGACACUUCUUCACAUACUUGGAAGUGUCAGAGUGUUAGGGGUGAAGGACCUGCGCCAAGAGAAGGUCAUAGCGCAACACUCGUUGGUAAAAGGCUUUUUGUUUUUGGUGGCUGUGGGAAAUCUCCUCAUGUUAAUGACGAAAUCUAUUAUAAUGACCUUUACAUACUUAACACAGAGACUUAUGUGUGGAAACGUGCUGCUACGAUUGGAUGUCCACCAUCUGCGCGAGAUAGCCACACUUGCUCAUCGUGGAAGAACAAAAUCCUUGUCAUAGGUGGUGAAGAUGGUCACGACUAUUAUCUGUCUGAUGUUCAUAUCCUUGAUACAGAUACAUUCAUAUGGAAGGAGCUGGAUACUUCGGGGCAGUUACUGACACCUCGAGCUGGUCAUGUUACUGUUUCACUUGGGAGGAACUUGUAUGUGUUUGGAGGGUUUACGGAUGCUCAGAAUCUUUACGAUGAUCUCUAUGUGCUUGAUCUUGAUACGUGUGUAUGGUCAAAGGUUCUCACCAUAGGAGAAGGUCCGUCUGCGAGGUUCUCUUCUGCAGGGGCUUGUUUAGAUCCUCACAAAUCCGGAUUUCUUGUCUUUCUUGGUGGCUGCAAUAAAAAUCUUGAGGCACUGGAUGAUAUGUUCUACUUACACACAGGACUUGGAUAUGAUGCAAGGCUUGAUCAAAAUGUAGGGAGCAUGUCUCUAAAGAAGCAACUGAAGUUGAAAUGCCAAGAACAAACUCACGCUAGUUCCUUUGGAAUCAAUAUGGAUCAUCAAGGAAGAGGGAGUUUUGGGUUGAACAAUGGCCAAUUUGAUCAGGGAAAAAUGAUGUUCCAAGCCAAGGUAACCGAGAGGUUCCCUGUUGGUUACAGUAUAGAAACAAUGAUAGGUGGGAAAGUGCUUCGUGGCGUUUUGUUUUCAACCAAGCAGAGCUCCGCUCUGGCGACUGAUCAUCAAAGCCUGAGUAGAAAGAGGCCAGCUAUGUCCAACGGUGACCAUGAUAACAGUUUAAAGAUACCAAAAAGUUUGAGCAAGGAUCAAACUGAUGCUACCGAAUCCAAAGAUUCUCCAUCAAUGGGAAUGGAGGGUGGUGGUGGUAGUGGUCUCAUCAGCAACCCUCUGGAUGUUAACAUAAACACAGUGGAAGUGGCAGUGGCACCUCAGCUUGAUGUGGGGGGCAAUGUGAAUACAGCAGCAGCUCAAUCUUCAUCAGUUCCUGAGACAGAGGAAGCUUCUUUAGAAUCUAGAAAUGCGGUGUCGAUUGAUGUUGGAGCUACUAAUAAGACCGGACCUGGAGAGUCAUCAUCAUAGCUAACAGAAAAACAAAGGUGAUUGAACCACUAGAUGACACAACAAGAGAUGAGAGAUUCAGCAAGAUAGGAUGAAGAGAAGGAUAUGUUUAGUUUUAGAAUCUUAAGUUAGGUUUUUGUUGGUGACUUGAUGAGGAUGAUAUCAAAAGCUAACUCUGAUUAGGUUUUUAUUUUUUCUUUUCUUCUGCUUUAAUUAUUCAACUUUGCAAAGCAAUGUAAUGCUUCUUCCUCUCACUCACAGUUCAGAACAAAAGAAUAUUCAAAAGAAAUGGGUUACUAAUCUGAUUAACAGAA